GUGCUCGUGAGUGCAAUUCGGUCUGUUGUCCAGGGCGACCGUGCCUGGCUGCAGUAUAUAAAGGGGGUUAACGGUCAAAAAUCAAAACGGUCAAGCCGCUCAAACACGUUAACGGGGUCGCAUUAACUCCCCCCGUAACCGCUAAAUCCUCCGCUCCUCCACCGGCACCUGUGUACCCCCACAAGCCGUGAGAGAGGGGGUCCAGAGCGGGGGGCAACACAGCCAGGACCGACCGGCAUGGACCCCCAAGCUAAGAGUCGACCCGGCCCGGGAGGCUUCAGCGGUCGCCUGGCCUCUCUGGGAGCCGACGGGGGAGACUCGGAGUCCGGAGCCGGUUCAGAGGAAGCUUCCGUGGGCUGCUGCAGCGACACAUUCAGCACUCUGCCCGACAUGGAGCAGGACACACUGGAGGAGAAAUUAAGAGGACUGGCGUUCAGAAAACAGACCUCGUAUCGGAAAGCCAUCUCCCGUUCAGGCCUCCAGCACCUUGGCCCCCCCCACCCCGCCCUGCCUCCCGCAUCCAACGGGCCCAACAAAGAGCUGCGCACCGCCCUGGACUGGACUGAGAACGCAGUGAACGGGGAUCACCUGUGGAUGGAGACGAGUUGUUCAGGAGAGCUCUGUUAUCUCGGAGAGGACACCUGCCUACUUAAGACCGCAAAGUCGGCCCCCAGGAAGAAAUGUGCUGCCUGUAAGAUUGUAGUUCACUCGGGCUGCAUAGAGCAACUAGAAAAGAUUAACUUUAGAUGUAAGCCAACCUACAGAGAGGGUGGAUCCCGGUGCCUCCGAGAUCAGGGCAUACUGAGACAUCACUGGGUUCACAGGCGGAGACAGGAGGGGAAAUGUAGACAGUGUGGAAAGAGUUUUCAACAGAAGUUCUUCCACAGUAAAGAAAUAAUCGCAAUCAGUUGUUCCUGGUGUAAACAGGCGUUCCACAAUAAGGUGACGUGUUUUAUGCUGCAUCAGAUCGAAGAGCCGUGUUCACUGGGGGCCCACGCCGGAGUCAUAGUACCCCCCUCCUGGAUCAUCAAAGUCAGGAAACCACAGAGCUCGCUUAAGAACUCGGCCAGGAGGAAAAAGCGGACAUCUUUCAAACGAAGGACAAGCAAGAAGGGACUGGAUGAGUCUAAAUGGCGCCCGUUCAUGUUGAAGCCCCUCCCUUCCCCUCUCAUGAAGCCCAUCUUGGUUUUUGUCAAUCCAAAGAGUGGAGGAAACCAGGGUUUCAAGGUGUUACAGAUGUUCAUGUGGAUCCUGAACCCUCGACAAGUAUUUGACCUGUCGCAGGGGGGGCUGCGAGAGGCGUUGGAGUUGUAUCGCAAAGUGCCAAAUCUGAGGAUCCUCGCCUGCGGAGGAGACGGCACGGUGGGGUGGAUCCUGUCCGCCCUCGAUGAGCUGCAGAUGAACCCCCAGCCUCCGGUCGCUGUACUUCCUCUGGGAACAGGAAAUGACCUCGCCAGGACGCUCAACUGGGGCGGGGGUUACACAGACGAGCCGGUGUCCAAGGUUCUGUGUCACGUGGAGGACGGUUCGGUGGUGCAGCUGGACAGGUGGAACCUCCUGGUGGAGAAAGGGGCUGCGCAGCCGGAGGAGGGCACGCAGAACCUGCCUCUGAAGGUGUUCAACAACUACUUCAGCCUGGGCUUCGAUGCUCAUGUCACCCUGGAGUUUCAUGAGUCCAGAGAGGCCAACCCAGAAAAGUUUAACAGUCGCUUCCGCAACAAGAUGUUCUAUGCAGGAGCCGCGUUCUCAGAUUUCCUCCAGAGAAGCUCGAGGGAUUUGUCCAAGCACGUCAGAGUGGUGUGUGAUGGUACCGAUCUAACUCCUAAAAUCCAGGAGCUGAAAUUUCAGUGCAUUGUGUUUCUAAACAUUCCCAGGUACUGUGCUGGCACCAUGCCGUGGGGAAACACAGGCGACCACCGGGACUUUGAACCGCAGCGUCAUGACGACGGCUGCAUCGAGGUUAUUGGCUUCACCAUGGCCUCAUUGGCGGCGCUACAGGUCGGCGGUCAUGGAGAGAGAUUGCAUCAGUGCAGAGAAGUCGUCCUCACUACCUUCAAAACAGUUCCUGUUCAGGUGGACGGUGAGCCGUGUCGACUGGCUCCAUCCACGCUCCGAAUCUCCCUCCGAAAUCAGGCCAACAUGGUGCAGAAGAGCAAGAGGCGCACCUCUGUGCCCCUGCUUAAUGAUAUUCAGAAGGUGUGUGCAGCUGAUCUGCGCCGCCUCUCUGCUCCCCCAGACUCCUUCUCUGUCCCCCACUCAGUUCCAGAUCGCCUGCGUCUCAGAGUGAAUCGGGUGAGCCUCCAGGAGUACGACCGACUGCAGUACGACAAAGACCGGCUACGAGACAUAUGUAAGGAUCUUUUAGCCAUCCCUGUAGGCAUAGUGGUGGUGAGGGGGGACUGUGACCUGGAGACAUGCAGACUCUAUAUCGACCGAUUACAGGAGGAUUUACACCAGGCGCCAUCUACUGGCCACAGAGUGCACUAUCAGGAUGAGGUCCGAGGCGUCCCGCGGACAAGUUCAACGAGCAGACUCUCUCCCCACUGGAGCUUCUUGGACUCCACAUCAACUGACCGCUUCUAUCGUAUCGACAAGGCUCAGGAGCACCUCCACUUUGUGACGGAGAUCUGUCAGGACGAGGUGUUCAUCCUGGACCACGAGGGCCCGUUGGGGGGGCCGGGGUCGUCCACGGGGAUGCCUGAUGUGGUGGUGGAGCCCUCUUCUGGUUUUUCCUUGACAUCAGAUGAACAAGCCCUGCUCACAGCUGCCAGUACAGGAGAUCUUUCUAUGCUGACGGAGUGUGUGCGUCGGGGCGUCAGUCUGAUGGUCAGAGACUCUGUAGGAUGCUCAGCGCUACAUAUAGCGUCUCACAGCGGACACACAGAGCUGGUCAGCUUCAUCCUGCAACAGGGCUCUAAGGUGCUUCUGGAUUUGACGGACAGAGAAAAAGGAGACACUGCCUUGCACAAAGCAGCCUCAGAGAAGCAUCACGCCGUGUGCAGACUGCUGGUGCAGGCUGGGGCGUCGCUCGAGAAGACCAACUUCCAGGGGAAGACGGCAGCCCAGCAGGCGGAGGGAGACUCGGAGCUCGCCGGCUUCCUGAACGCUCAAAAACACACACCUUCUGCCAACCACGAGGACCUGGAGACGGCUGUCUGAGGCACACACACACUCUCUGGACUCUGCACACACUCGUAGUGGAGACGAAUCUGGGAGAGAAAGCGUAAAAAAACCAGACUCUGCAGACGAACAGUGAACUGCCUCAGCUCCCAGCAGCACUGCAGUGGACAUUUUAACGGUCAAAUAUUUAUUUGUAUUUAUUUAUUCAUAUUCUAUUUAUUGGUUGUGCUGAUUGGUUGAUUGACUGAGUGUUUGCUCGUUAAGGGUUCAGGAUGUAAGUGCACUUUGAGCGGCCGCCGUGAGCUGAACUCGUGAAAAGAAAUUUCAUAUUUUAAGAAUGGGUUCAAUGUGUUGAUGAAACAUUUACAAAAUAUUUCUGUUAUGACAUAAAUACUACAGUUUUAUAUAUGUUUACCCUAUGUGUGCCAAAGACAUUACAGUAAUGUAGUGUCAUAUCUAUUUAAUGUUCCUAGAAACUAUCACAGUGGUUUGUUUUUCACAUAAAUCUCUGCUUUCAUACCAAAUGAUGUAAUCUUAAUGUUUCCAUCAGCAUACCAGGGUCCACACUUUGAUGAGGUUAUUAAAGAAUAAUCUUAUUUCAACUGUCUCACAUUAGUCUGAGUUCAGAUGGAAGGACACUUUAUUUUUUAUCGCAUCUUGCUUCCAACGUUCAGAUACUGAAACAAAACAAGUACAGGCAGUGGUCCAAUGUUUGGGAUAUUAAUACUAGUUAAAUACACACAUUUAAUAAGAAUAUAGCAUAAAUAUAUAUAUGUUGGUUGCAUACUAACUUUAUUCUUAGGGUUCGUACAAGGUAGGGAAAUGCUUCAUUUUGAGUUUAGGAACCUUUAAAGUGCUUGAAACUUAAACAUUUUACAUUUCCAGGCCCCUAAAUAAUAAUAAUAACAUGUUUAUACAGCUGCUUCAAGUUUAUAUUGAUCUGUAUCAUAAGAUAGAUACGUUUUGGAAUUACUGGUUUAUUCUACAAAGUUAAAUCCGGAAGAACACAACUCCCCCCAUGCCGUUAACCUUGUUUACAGAACGUCUGGACACAGAUGGUACAAAUUGAAAUCUGAAAUAUAAGACUAAGCCUGUAUCGGCUCAGUAUGGAGGGGGAAAAAACAUAAAAGUUUAAAUUACCCAUAAUGCAGGCUGUUAAUUAUGGAGGACGGAACCUUUUUUUUUAAUGGUGUCUUAAAACAUAAUGUAUUAUUUUUUCUAUUUUAAGACGUCUGACUCUAACACUGCAGUAACACAAAUAUUUUAACUUUUCUUACUAUGCCCUUGACCCAACAACUCUUUCAUACGCAGCUUGUGUGUGUGUGUGUGUGUGUGUGUGGUGUGUGUGUGUGUGUGUGUGUGUGUGUGUGUGUGGUG